AUGACGAUGACGGACUCGAAGAGCGCCAGCGCCAGCAGCAGCGACGAACACCUUGUCACUACUGCGAAUUACUCCUCCGAUCCGGAGAAGUUUGAACAUGGAUACCCACCAAAGCAGACGAGUCAAGUUCUUGUCGACAGCGAGCCGUCUGACCCCGAAGCGUCGGACAAGCCAGCAUCCCGCAGCAACAACAACAACAACAACAACAACAUCCAGGAGGGAUCCCUCAUAUCCGGCGACGACCGGAAAUGGGGCCGGUUCUCCUUCUUGUAUCGACAUGGCAACAGACUCAUCUUCAUGGCGAUAUAUGCCCUUUUCACCGCAUGGUGGAUCUUUGGACUCUGCAAGCAUCGGGAACGUGGCUGGGUGGUCCUCUUUUUGAUCUGGCUUUCCUUCACCGUCCGCCUCAUCUUCUUCUACCUGCCGAGCAGUCGAGUUCUGCAUGCGGCGCAGUUUGUGUGGCUGAACACCGUGCCUCACAUGAUCAAACCGAUCCCCGUGAGGCUGAGGACCUGGGCCGCAGGUGCCGCCACGGCAGUCAUCAUCAUCAUCGUUGCCUUGGAGCCGCAUAACCUUCCCGGGGAAGAACGCAUUGAUCGGGUCAUCAGUCUCAUCGGCCUGGGCCUGUGCAUCUUCGCUCUCUGGGCCACUUCCAGGCAUCGGUCUCAGGUCGUGUGGCACACCGUCAUUGUCGGCAUGUUGGCGCAGUUUAUCAUUGCCUUGUUCGUCCUCCGCACGGGUGUCGGGUUUUCCAUCUUCAACUUCCUCGCUCAGCUGGCGAGGGAGCUCCUCGGAUACGCCAAAACUUCCGGCAUGGCCUUUUUGACCUCUGACAGCUUCGUUGCUGGCGCCGGCGGCUACUUUUACCUGGUCGGAGUGCUUCCUUGCAUUGCAUUGUUCGUCGCCAUUGUGAAUUUGUUGAUCUACUGGGGCACCAUCCAAUGGGUUGUCGGCAAGGCCGCGGCGGCUUUCUUCUGGAUCAUGAAGGUCUCGGGAGCGGAAGCGCUGGUGGCCGCGGCGUCACCCUUCCUCGGGCAAGGAGAAUCCGCGGCCCUGAUCAAACAGCUCGUCCCUUACCUGACCAGGGCCGAGUUCCACCAAGUCAUGUGUUCAGGCUUCGCCACGGUGUCGGGCAGCGGCCUGGCCGGCUACAUCGCGCUGGGGGUGAACGCCCAACCACUCAUCUGCUCUUGCGCCAUGUCGAUCCCGGCGUCUCUGGCCAUCUCCAAGCUGCGAUACCCGGAAACGGAACAGACGCUGACGGCCCACGGCUUCGUCGCCCCCGAGAACCCGGCAGAUGAGAAGCCGGUCAAUUUCCUGCACGCGGCGUCGCAGGGCGCCUGGCAAGGCAUCAAGAUCGCCGCUAUCAUCGGCGCAAACCUCCUGGUGGUCAUCUCUCUGAUCGGGGUCAUCAACGGCCUGUUGGGCUGGUGGGGUCGAUAUUGGGGGAUCCACCAUCUCACCUUGGAACUGAUCUUGGGAUACAUCUUUUAUCCCGUGGCUUUCUUCCUGGGCGUACCCCGUAACGACGAUCUGUUCAAGGUCAGCCGUCUGAUUGGAACCAAAGUCAUUGUGAAUGAAUAUGUUGCAUACUCCAGCUUUCAGACCGAUCCGUACUAUUUGGCCAUGUCCGCUCGGUCAAGGUUGAUCGUGACAUUUGCUCUGUGUGGAUUCGGAAACAUCGGCUCGCUCGGCAUUCAGAUUGGUGUUCUUUCCCAGCUUUGCAAUGAUUCCCGCGUCAAGGAUAUCAGCAGGGUGGCCAUGAGUGCCCUGGUCGCCGGCGUCAUUUCCACCUUGACCAGUGCCUCGAUCGCCGGUCUCUUGUUGACGGAAGAGACUGCUGCCAAGUUUAUGUAA